ACGAAUCGCACUACUAAAUAUAUACUUCGAGGCACGAGGACGAGGUUUCAGUAUCCAAUUCCUAAAAAAUCGUCUUCGGCUGUUCGUCACUUCCUUUUACCGGUGCUGUGUUUCUCCCUAAAAGUAAAAUUUUUCCAUUUUUAAAUUUCCAUAUAAUCGAUCCCCGGAAUUCCCAGGGGUGCAUUUUUCAAACCCUUGUAGAACGUUCAGUGUUUGGCGGUAGUGAAAGAAUCGCUGUGAAGAGAAUGACAAUAAAUUAAAAAUAUUAAGAAUUCAUUUACCUGAAUUUCAAGUUUAAUAAAAUUUAUUUAUUAAAGUUACAAUAAUAUAUUAUAUUUAAUUAAAUGUUCUAAUAUCCAAGUAUUUAGUCUAUGGGAAUUAGUUUGGAUUAAAUUUUAAUUUUUUAAAGGAAAAGUGAGACGAGUGAAUUACAAUUUGAAAGAAGAUAUUUUAAUCAAUGUUUCGAUCGGAGAAGAGUGGAUUGGCCAAGUAUCGAUUUUUGGGUAAAUAAGCUCAAGAUGAUGAAAAAUCCGUAGAAAUUCGUCACUGAGGUUGAAGAUCCGAUUUGGUGCACGGAUUUAUUUUUUAAGUAUAAAAUGAACAAACAGAAAAACGACGGUCAUUUAUCAGUCGUAAUACCCUCUGAACUCUCAAGUUCCCACAGCUCUCAGAAAUUAAUAGCCAAUCAGGAUACACAAGACGAAGAAACUUCGGAUUGUCCACUUUUAACUCCAAGUCCUCCAACUGGGGUGACACGUAAUCCCUUGGAAAUGGUUCCAAUCUUCAAUCGUUUAGAAGACCCUUUGGAGUUGUCGGAUAUUCCCACCGUAGAGAAUAUUAAUUCUGAAGAUGGUCUCAAUGUUUUUAUGAACAUUGUUAAUAGUUCCAGCAAACCUCUUCACGAUGAACCAAGUUCCCGAGACCCUAUGCUAGAAUCUACAAGUAGUAGUAAUAGCAGUAUACAAAAUGAACCAGUUUGUGCACAAUUGCUCACUCAGUUGAACACAGCCUAUCAGCAUUUGGCUCCAGAUGCUCAGGCAUUGGAGAACGGAGGAAAACCACCCCUAGUUGGAAUUCAGUUGGUGGUCCCAAAGCCCCCGAAGAAUUAUAGAUUUACAAAUUGGAACUGGCCCCUCAUCAGGAAAACAUGCUUCUGGUCUAUGAUGUCUAUCCUAGCUGGAUGUGCAGCACUCGUCAUUGGUGUCAUCAUUACGAUGCCUAAAAAAUGCGACCCUCCAGUCGAGUGGUGGCAAGGGAGCCUCUUCUACGAGAUAUUUCCAGCAUCGUAUCAGGAUGACAUCGAAAUUAACGACGGGAUUGGAGAUCUCCCUGGAAUCAGCAACAGGCUCGACUAUUUGCACGAUCUUGGUGUUCAGGGUGUAAGAUUAAAUUCCAUUUUCCCAGCUCCACACUAUCCAGAGUAUUACUUCGAUGUUACCAACUUGACGAACCUGAAUGAACACCUUGGAAAGAUGCAGGAUUUCGACCACCUCGUAAAAGAGAUUCAUGCAAGGAAUAUGACUCUGAUUCUUGAUCUGCCUUUGUAUCCACUCAUCAAGGAUUUGAAUGAGUCUAAGUCAAAUAGAAGUGAGCCAGUUCUAAUGCAAAGUAGAAAAGUCCUGCCAGAUGUUAUUCCUUCAACACCACAAACAUCUCUGGAGGUGAUGGGAAACUUCCUAACUUCGAAAAAAGUUCUGGCAUACACUAUUUCUGACGAAGAUGAUUCAAUCUCAUCAGUUAUCAGAUUCUGGAUCAGAAAAGGAGUCGAUGGAUUUUAUCUGAAGGGUCUUGAGCACUACGUGAACGAGGAAAGUUUUCCUGAAAAAUUGAGAUUUUGGAAAUCCAUCACCGGAUCAAAUAGAAUCCUCAUCUGCAAUAUCAAGGCUCUGAAUGAGGCUAAGAAAGACGAAGCUAAAAAUGCUAUUCUUCUUAGCGCAGAUUUGGUUGAUGUCACAGUUCGGGUAUCUAAUGGAACGGAGGAUAUAAAAGCACAAAUCAACCAGGUUCUUGAUAGCGUUCUAUUUGAAAAACUUGAAUAUCCCUGGGUUCAAUGGUCAGUUGGAAAUAUUGAUACAAAAAGGGUUGCUUCAACUCUUAGUGUCAGCAAUGCUAGUGUUGCUGUUACUCUCAUGGCUAUGAUGCUGCCUGGCACUCCCAGCAUUUUUUAUGGGGACGAGAAAGGGAUUCUGGACUGCAACUGUUCUGAUCAUGCAGAUUUGGAACAUGUUCACCAUUUGUCUCCAAUGCACUGGGAGGCGAAGGAUAAAUUAAAAAAUGAAUUGAAUAACAGAUUUUCCAACCAUGCAUUUCCUUGGCUUUCAGAAACAAAUGUCUCUAUUGAAAGUAGUCUUGAAGGUGCUAUUAAAAAUAUGACUUGCCUUCGGAAAGUAACACCUUCCAUUUACGUUAAGGCGUCGAUUAAAAAUAAUAAGAUUAAGGCAAGCUGUGAAAUUCGAUACACAAAAGAUGAAUUGAUUGUGAUCGAGAGAAAGUAUCAUCGUCGAAAUUCGUACGUUUUCGUCGCAAAUUUGGGCAACAAGACUCAAACCAAAGAUUUAUCACAUCUUUAUUACGGAGGUCACGUCGUCAUUGGGCCAAAGCACAAAUUGGGCCAGGAAGUUUUUUUCAAAGAACUCAACAUCCCACCUGGAGAAGCUUUUGUGAUCAAACUUGACAAGUGAAAAACAACUCAUUUUGAAAAAAAAUUUUUAAGGAAACAAAUCAGUUUUUUUCCACGUGAGGUAGCCUAGCAUUUAUCACGAAAAGCUGUGUGAAGUUUCUAUAUGGCCGACAGAAAUUCUUCUUCACGAUACAAUAUUUGUAAAACUUAGUUCUUUUUAAUGCAAUUUUAUUCUUUCAAAAAAUAAGACUGCGCCGUAAAAAUACAUCGAAUAACGUGUUUUACAAUCAAAAGUCGUCGGGUUUUGCAAAAUCUAAGGACUCUUACUCGAUUUUCUUUUAAAGAAAGUACUUUUUAAUUUGCCUCGAAACAUUUACAUUAAUAUUAUGAGAUUACUCUUAUUGCAGUAUUAAUAUUUAAACUAAUUAUCUACAGUAUAGUGCCGGAAUGUUUUUUUCUGGUACUAAAACUCACGGAAUUUCACCAGACUGAAAAAAUUUUCAUUAAGAAGAAUAUGUACAGAGUUGAGAAUUUGACAAUUGGUUUGUCACUUUUUAUUCUGAUUGUACAAUUUUUAUUCGAUUUUUCUCACUCUUUAGACAAAAGUUUGUUAUUUAUUUUUAUAUAAUAUUGCUCAACGCCUUUUUUUUAUUCAAGUUUCGUUCAUUUUCUAACAUAGAGAAAAAUUGUGAAAAAUGAUGAAAAGAAUUAAUGUCUGAAAAUAGAAAACAAGGUGCUAUUCUGUAAUUUAGUACCUAAAUAUUCUCAAAAUGGAAUUGUGAGCCAUUGCAUUAAAUAGUCAGGAAUUGAUUGUAUUAUCAGGGAAAAAUAAAUUAAGAACGAAUGUGAAUUGUGUAUCAUAGAUUUUUGUUAUAAAAUGUAGAGGAGAACGUGUAUGUAUUU